AUGCAAAAUGGCGAUCACAUGAUUAACAAUUUAUCGCGGAUUAGGAUUAGUCCGCAAAACAGCCACAGAUUCGGUGAUAAUAAAGCACUCGAUGGUGGAAAUGGAUCCGUUGAUUACAAUAUCUACAAACAAUUGACCGCCGAUCAAAAUACCAUCACUUCUGGCGAUGAGUUGAUCCAAUCGUUGUCCAUCGGUGUCAGCAAAAGCUGGAAAUGGUUUCAGGAAUCGGUCAAAGGAUCGCACGACUCGGCCAUCGACUCGGAUUCGGUUACCAUUAGUUCGCUGAGCGGCGCCGACAACAGGUGUCCACCGGUCGCACCACUCAUACCACUCACACCCGGCGCUCACCCAUCGCUGCCCAUUAACUAUAUGCACAUUGAACUGAACGCCGAGUGCCGUAGAAAUGCCAGUUCCCCGCACUUGCCGUACCGGACCCUUACGAUCGCUGUCCGUAAUGUUUGGGUGAUUGCUGUCGAGUAUGAGUGCGGAGAGCGCCGGGCGAUAGAGUUAUUGGUCGACUGUUUGAAAGAUUGUCCGCUACAAAGACAAUGGAUGGAUCAGAUGAGGAGAUAUGGGUUUAUCUAUACAACGAUUGAUAAUUUGAGAAAUCUUUGGGCCAAUUCACUCGAUCACUAUAUAAGGACAUGUCCAGACGUCGAGACGGCCGCUACAGUGAAUCCACUGUUUAAUACAAUGCAUAGAAAUUUUAUACCAAAAACGGACAAAACAACUGAAUUGCAACGUUUGAGACAAGAAUUUGAGAUGAGAUGUGUUUCGCAGCAAAACAAUCCGCAGACAAUUGAAUGCACAGAUUCUGUGAAAGUUUUAACAGAUUUGGAAACGGCAUUGAAGUGCAUGUUUAACAACAUCAAUGUCAAGAUCGGCGACAACACACUCACAGACCUAUCGAUGCCUAUAAACAUAUUGGGUAUUAAACUGAAUGACAAUUUUGACACAAAUCUCUGCUCCCAUUAUCUGCCGUAUAAGACAUACGCGCUUAAGAUAAACACCAAACUCUCGUAUGUGGCCAUAAAGUACAGGUGCGAAGUGGAACCGGCGGUCCAUAAACUCCUGGACCUAUUGAAUCGGCACCGCUUUUACAUGAAGGUGAAUGGCAUCGAUGGCUGGGAUCUGAUUGCACAGCAUAUGAUUGCCAACGAGUUUAGCGACUGGUAUCGAGAAAAGUGUUGGAAUUGUUUUAUACAGGCAUUAACUAUGUAUAAAAAGACAUUGAAAAACUGCAGCAAUAAAGAAGUGGCAAAUCUGCAUCAUAAUAAUUAA